AUGGAUGGAUCUGGUUCAGGUCCUGAUUCUCAUGUGAUCGACCAGGAUCAGGAUCAAGACCAGUCCAACGAGCGCCGAGAGAACGAGACGAACCGUGAUCUCAGUGUGACACCAGCUGCACUCUGCACACACACAACAGCGAACCACACAGUGAUGGAGGAGGUGAUGGAGGAGGUGAUGGAGGAGGUGAUGGAGGAGGUGAUGGAGGAGGUGAGGAUGGACUCGAUGAUGGCCGUGUAG